GAGUGAUGCAAUUUCCUUUUUCGGCAAUGGUGUCAGUAGCUUAAUGCUCAGACAAAAGAGUAUAAAUGCUUUCAACGUCUUGAGUUUCUAGGCACCAUUAUUCACAACACACAACAAAUCAAAUCAACAAUCAAAACAUGGGUAUCUUUGGAAGAAAAGUUCACAACGAAUCUAAUGCUGAGGUCCACAAGGAUGCUCACAACCACCACGGUCUAAGAGAUGUUGUUGCCGCCGGAGGUGUCGACUACGCUCUUCGCCAUCACGAAAAGUCAGAGGAUAAGAAGCACCCCGAAAAGACCCACGAUCACAAGGCUCGUGAUGCUGCUCUUGCUGGUGGUGUUGGUCUUGGACUUCAUGAACAUGACAAGCACAAGCGUGAAGCCGCUAUCAAGGAAGAAGAGGCUCGCCACAGCAGAGCUGCUGCUGCCGCCACUGCACCUGGCCAUCACACUCAUGCCAAUAACGCUGCUGUUCCCGCCACUGCUGCUGCAGGUACUGCUGCCGCUGGUCACGGAGCUUAUGGCGCCAACGGUGUCAACGGUGUCAACGGUGCCACUCCCAGCAACUCUCAUGCCAGAUCACUCAAGACCAAGGGAAAGAUGGACUCUUUCUUCGGUGGCAUGUUCUGCAGCCACAGCAUGAAGAUGAGAGGUAUCGAGAGACAACAAGCCGCUAACCGAGAAUACAAGCAAGUUGCCCAUUUGAGAGAAGCUGACCGUCUCCAUGCACAAGCUAAUGCCCACGCUCGUGCUGCUGGCGUUGCAUAAAUGUAAAACGAAUCCCUAUCGUACAAAAAAAACAAACCCCCCCACUACUAUUGUAUGCAAUAUGCUUUGUAACAUAUUAUCACACUCAACUCUGUAUAUGAUCUAAUUCAUCUUUAUGUGUAAUCAAUAAAUUCAAAAAUAUCUAACCCAGGAA